AUGCUGCUCCUGCGAGCCGGGCUCCGGACGGGCAGACUGGCUGUCAAGUGCGCAGCGCUGGGAAGGAGAGGCCACCUUGAUGGUAUUCCUGGGCUCCGGGUAGGCCAGUCCCAGUCGGGCCCUAUCGCCAAUCACCCAACCUGCAGGAGUUUAUCAGGAAAGCCUCUAGAGAUCCUGUUCACCACCGAGGAGCGGGACCGCAUUUAUCAACAGGCAGUCAAGGAGGCCCUGGGGCCAAACCCCAGUGCCACUCCUGGAACCCCGGGGUAUUCAGCCAGGGCUGAGGCUGCGGUUGUGUUGUGGUGCCCCGAAUUGGACCCCAAUGAUGAUGAUGAUCAACCCUGGAUUCGCUUCACAAAAGAGACGGCCCUCAACCCAGCGACCUUGCUCCCCGAUCCUGACCUGAACAAACCAGCUCACGAUUGCCAGGACGUGAUCACCUCCUACAGCACCAACCGGCCAGACCUCACUGCUGUCCCUAUCCGAGAGCCGGAAACAGUAUACUUCACGGACAAAAAGAGUUACGUGGAGGAUGGGGUCAGUCCCAUCUUGGUGAUGCUUGCUGAGCUGCUGGUGCUCCUGGCUGCUCUCCUGGCCAUGGCCUCGGGCUACUUCCUUAGCAUUGAUGCACAUGCCAAGGAGUGUUUCUUCGAGCGGGUCACCUCGGGCACUAAGAUGGGCCUCAUCUUCAAGGUGGCCAAGGGCGGCUUCCUGGACAUCAAAGUGGAGGUUACAGGAACUGAUAAUAAAGGGAUUUAUAAAGGAGACCCUGAGUCCAGUGGGAAGUACACAUUUGCUGCACACAUGGACAGAACAUACAAGUUUUAUUUUAGUAACAGGAUGUCUACGGUGACUCCAAAGAUAGUGAUGUUCACCAUUGACAUAGGGGAGGCUCCGAAAGGACAAGACAUGGAAACAGAAGCUCACCAGAACAAACUGGAAGAGGUGAUCAAUGAGCUGGCAGGGGCAAUGACUGCUGUGAAGCACAAGCAGGAGUACAUGGAGGUCCGGGAAAGGAUACACAGAGCCAUCAACAACAACACAAACAGCAGAGUGGUCCUUUGGUCCUUCUUUGAAGCUCUUGUUCUAGUUGCCAUGACAUUAGGACAGAUCUACUACCUGAAGAGAUUUUUUGAAGUCUGGAGGGUUGUUUAAAAGGACUUUUCCUCAUGAUCCUAAACUCAUAAUUCACUUGUUUACCAAACACCUUGGUCAUAAUAGUGUCAUUAGUUUCUACAUUUUUAUUUUUGGACCUGUACAUUCACAGCUUAUGUUUCUUUGUGAUUAAUGGAUACUG